AAGUACGUCCACCCUCCACUUCCAACGUAAACGGCUAAAAAGUAAGGUCAAUAUAAUCACUCAAUUGUCAAGUCCACUCCGUCCUGCAAAAAUAAACCCCACAGUCCUAUAUAUACAUAACACUUGUACAAUAUUCAUCCAUACAUACAAACACACACUUCCCAGUGGUCUCAGAAGUUAUCCAACUUCAAUUCAAACCCCAAAAUUAAAAGUUUCUUGAAUUGAAGAAAGAAAUUAAAAUCAUGGUGAAUGGUUGGAGAGGCAUGGGGAGCUUCGGCCUUCAUGUCAUCACGGGCCGAUGGUUCAUGGUUUUCGCGUCUCUUCUUAUUAUGGCCAUGGCCGGAUCGACCUACAUAUUCGGGCUCUACUCGGGAGAGGUCAAAAAGUCUCUGGGGUAUGACCAGACAACCUUAAACUUGCUCAGCUUCUUUAAGGAUCUGGGGGCUAACGUCGGGAUUGUGUCUGGUCUGAUUAACGAGGUUACCCCGCCUUGGGUGGUUCUGUUCAUGGGAGCCAUCAUGAACUUUUUCGGCUACUUCAUGAUAUGGCUGGCCGUGACAGGGCACAUAGCCAAGCCUAAGCUAUGGCAGAUGUGUUUGUACAUAUGUAUUGGAGCAAAUUCCCAGACAUUUGCAAACACCGGAGCUUUGGUUACUUGUGUGAAGAAUUUCCCAGAAAGCAGGGGGAUUGUUCUGGGGCUUUUGAAGGGAUUUGUGGGUCUAAGCGGCGCAAUUGUCACGCAACUAUUCCAUGCUUUCUAUGGUAAAGAUGGGAAAUCUCUCAUCUUGCUCAUCGGAUGGUUACCCGCCGUGGUUUCCUGCGUUUUUCUAAGAACCGUCCGGGUCAUGAAGGUGACCCGCCAAACAAACGAGGUCAAGAUCUUCUACAAGCUCCUCUUCAUAUCCUUAGGCUUAGCAGGGUUUUUAAUGAUCAUAAUCAUCGUACAAAAUCGAAUCACCUUCACUCGGCCGUUAUACGCCGGAAGCGCGACGGUUGUGGUGGUUUUACUCUUCGCGCCACUCUUCGUUGUCUUCAAAGAAGAGUGGACAGUCUGGGGAGCCAAACAAAGAGAGGUGAACGAGAACGAGCCACCUCAAGUCAAAGUUGAGAGUUUAGAAUUAGCUUCGAAUUUAGAGGCGGUCCAUCCUGCUAAGCUCAGCGAUGUGGGAACUUCGUGUUUUAGCAAUGUGUUCAACCCGCCGCCGAGAGGGGAGGACUACACGAUACUGCAGGCGCUAUUCAGCAUCGACAUGAUAGCUCUGUUCACCGCCACGACGUUCGGGGUCGGCGGGACGCUGACGGCGAUCGACAACUUGGGCCAGAUCGGCCGCGCGUUGGGGUACCCAGCGGAGAGCAUCACAACAUUCGUGUCCCUCGUAAGCAUAUGGAACUACCUAGGCCGGGUCGCCUCGGGGUUCUUCUCGGAGAUCUUCUUAGCCAAGUACAAAUUCCCGCGCCCCCUCAUGCUCACGAUGGUCCUCCUCCUCUCCUGCGUCGGCCACCUCCUCAUCGCCUUCGGAGUCCCCAACUCGCUCUACGUCGCCUCCGUGCUAAUGGGGUUCUGCUUCGGGGCCCAAUGGCCGCUAAUCUUCGCCAUCAUCUCCGAAAUCUUCGGCCUCAAGUACUACUCGACGCUCUACAAUUUUGGGGGCGGGGCUAGCCCCGUGGGCGCGUACUUGCUUAACGUGAGAGUGGCCGGGCAUUUGUACGACAAAGAGGCGACGAGGCAGCUUAUAACCAAGGGUCUGAAGAGGAGCGACGGGGAAGAUCUGACGUGUAUAGGCGUGGAGUGUUAUAAACUGGCGUUUCUGAUCAUCACCGGGGCUACAUUUGUUAGUGUUAUUGUUUCUGCCAUUUUGGUGAUUAGAACGAGAACGUUCUACAAAGGGGACAUAUAUAAGAAGUUCAGAGAGCAAGGCGGUGGUGCGGUGGAGACUGCGGCUGCAAAUCGGCCGACGGAGCCACCGGCGCGUGCUGACCAGUAAUAUAGGUGUCGGAAAAGAUGUUAUUGUUUAAUUUCCGGGUAUAUUAAUUAAGAUUAUAGGUAGUAAAUCCCAAUUACAUUAUGAUUAACACGUCAAUUAGUUGGGUUCUAGCUAUUAACCAGUUUAGUUUACUAGUGACAAAGAAAACUAUAGUUACUAUUUGAAGGCAUGUGAACCUCAUUGCUUAUGAUAAAGAAUUAUUUAUAACUGACAGCUCAAACUAUUAAGGCUAAUAAGAGAUAGAUUCCUAAAA